ACUACCGUGGUGAACAAUCAUGACCCCACGGCAGACUUCAUAAAGAGGGAGGGAACACCGGACGCCCAGAUGAUACAGGACAGGAGCGACACUUGGGGAAUGCUCUUGGGGAAUACACUUGCAAAAUGUCAUACAAAAAGUCUUUGCUGUUGCCAGGUGAUGUGGAGAACUUGCGUCGAAGAUCCGUGGCUGAUUUAGGUAAGCCCUCUGUAGAUCCUGAACAGCAUCACCAUGUUCCACGACGACCGUCCCAAACUGAUUGGCUCUGUGUUGGCCCCCAAUACCCAGAUCUAGGCGCAGUGGAGACGCCCUCCCCAGAUUCUUCUGCCCACUACUUCUGUCACUACACACCCAAAUGUUUCCUCUCCGUCCCCAGAGGAGGACACGCCUCCUCCAGAUCUACUCCGUCUCGGUGUGGAGAAGAGGGUUGGCAUGAAAGCACCACAAAGACCACAAUCCGAGCUGAGAACGAGGUGGAGGCCCAAAGGGAAGCCAACAACUACAAGUUUGGCUUCAGAAAGUGGAAGGGCAAUGUAACGGAGAAGCCCAUUGAAGACCGAUCAGACGUCAUCAAAGGGCUCUACUCUGAUCUCAGCAUUGUUAAGCCUCAAGAAGGCCCAGUGGUCACCUUUGGGAACAUAAUUUACGUAAUUUUAUUUGGAUGGUGGAUAUCUUUAUCCUACUUUAUCAUCUGUCCUGUAAUGUUUCUAACAAUCUUUGGUGCCCCUUAUGGAAAACUUUGUUUCAAGAUGGCAUUGUACUUUAUGUGGCCAUUUGGGAAGUCCAUAGAAAAGGCUGGGGAUGUAGUUAAGAGAUCUGUUGCAAAGCCUCCAAAGUGUGAGGUCAUUCCUGAAGAGAGGGACAGUGAUAACAGUAAGGACCGGGUCAGUGACAAGGACACCAGGCCCCUUCUGAUAUCUACCCCAAUCCCUAUUGAGAUCCCUGUCCCAGAACCAUCAGCUAGAAAAACUUCAAAGCACUGGUGCCGUAUCAGCACUUGUGUUUGGUUGUUGCUGGGUUACCCUGUCUUGGCUGUGGUCCACUCCCUGGCCUGUGUGCUCUCCUGGCUUCUGGUCUUCCCUAUACCUGUAGCCAAGAUGAAUGCUCGCACACUGACCAUUGUCCUCCUCAUGGCGCCAGAGGACAUUCAGGUUCACGGGCUGGAUAAGCAGACACUUGCGUAUGAGACCAGAGUCAUCCUAUGCUGUUACCAAGCUUUCAAUGUGUAUUACUACAAAUACACUGUCCAAGGAAUCAACAUCUUUGCUCUCAACAUGCUUCCCCUGGUAUUAUUCACUCUAAUUGUUGGUUAUACUGACCGUGAACACAAUUUCUGCAGUGCGGAGGCUAAAUUUGCCACAGCCAUCGCUUCCAUCAUUCCUCUAUCCUACUAUAUUGGUAUGGGUAUUGCCAGCAUUUCGGCACAGAGUAACUUUGCAGUAGGAGCGGUGGUGAAUGCGACAUUCGGCUCCAUCACGGAGAUGACGUUCUACAUCACAGCACUGCUGCAGGGACACAAUGCUAAGACCAAAUGUUAUGAAGAGGUGGUUAAAUCAGCACUCACUGGGACCUUGCUCGGGUGUAUACUGUUCGUACCUGGUAUCUGUAUGAUCAUUGGGGGCAUUAAACACCAAGAGCAGCGUUUUAACAGUCGUUCAGCUGGAGUGAGCUCUGCUUUGCUUUUCAUAUCUGUAGGAGGUGUGUUUGCUCCCACCCUAUUCUCCAAGACCUUUGGUAAUCUGAUGUGUGAAAGCUGCACCAAUAUUCCAAGCAAUGCCAGUGUAGCCUUCAUCUGCAAGCAUUGUCACUACGACACGAGUUCAGCUGACCCACAGUUGAUCCUGGCCCACAUUGAGCCCCUUGUGUACACAAUUUCUGUGCUGCUGCCUUCUGCAUACCUGAUUGGCCUCAUCUUCACCCUGAAAACCCAUUCCCACAUCUACGAUAUCCAUAUCAGCGAUGUUCAAGGGGGUCAUGCACACGGUGGUCAGUAUGCACAAGAGGGUACCAGCAACUUUUACCCCACUGGUCAUCAUGUAGUCCACUGGUCACGGUGGAGGGCUCUUGGAGUGCUGAUUGUUUCCACAAUAUUGAUGGCCUGCUGCGCGGACCUCAGCACGGAGAACAUCGAGCCUAUUCUUACCCAUUCCCGCAUCUCUCAGUACUUCAUCGGUGUCACAGUGUUGGCCAUGGUACCAGAGCUUCCUGAAAUUGUCAAUGGGAUCCAAUUUGCACUGCAGAACAACAUCAGCCUGAGUCUUGAAGUGGGCAGUUGCAUUGCUGUGCAGGUCUGCAUGAUUCAGAUCCCACUGCUCGUACUCUUCAAUGCCUUCUAUGAUGUUGGUUUUGUGCUUGUGUUCAGUGAUAUUCAUCUCUGGGCCAGCAUCUUUAGUGUCAUUCUGGUCAACUAUAUCUUCAUGGAUGGAAAAUGUGACUACUUUCAGGGCACUGCUCUGGUGGUGGUCUACCUCAUCCUUUUGGCCCUUUACUUCUUUGCUCCAUCUCCACGUUCUUGUUGAUCUGCUUGCCAAGAAAAAUCCUAUAAAAAUGCAAUAGUCCUUUUUCUUCAGGUUUGUGUUCAGUGCACAAAAACAUGGAAAAAGAUUCUGAUUGAGUUGUGAAAUUUCCUAGCAACGCUGGAAGUGAGUAGCUUCCGUCUGCCUUUUGUCAGUAUGUUACAUUAAAUGGUGUUUUGUGCACUCAAACAAGUUCCCAGGUCUGGCUGUAUUAAACAAAUGU